AUGAAACAUUGCACAGGUGACAAUAUACGUUUAAAUAGAAUAGUAUGUGAUUCGAUUUUCACGAAUCGUUUGACUUUGGUAAAUUUUGUACCACAGCGUUUGAUUAUGGCAAGACCUUUAUCAAUAUAUUUUACUUAUCCAUUACCUGAUCCGAUGCUUGAUCGUUUUUGUUUUCAAAUCUUACCUGAAAUUCAUGAAAAAGUCAAACGGCUUGAUCUUGAACUGUUAUCAAUGGAACGUAUUCUUCGGUGUACAAAUUAUCCUAAUUUAUCUGAAAUUACUUUGUAUAAUAUUGAAAUAGAAAGAGCUUUACAACUUUUUUCUGACGAAUCUCUUUUCAUUUCUACCUACAAAAAUCAAAUUUCAUUAUUUGUUAUCGAUAUUCGAUCAAAUGGAGAACGAGAUACAAUAACAGAUGAAAAUCCACUUUUAUUUACUUAUAUCUUUAAUACGUUCACUAAUUUACAAAUAUUAGAUAUUGGUCCAUAUUCAAUUUGGCAUCAAUAUUUAUCCUUUGAUAUCUCACCUCCAAAUGUUAUAUCUUCGACUCUAUUAGAAUUACACGUUAAUCUGAAUAACUUUAGCGAUUGUCUUUAUUUGCUUGAUGGACGUUUCAAUCAGCUUCGUAUAUUUCAUGCUAAUAUUGAAAAAAUUACUUCGAAUUUAGUUAACAAUAAUAAGGAAAAACUACCUAAUUUAAGAUCGUUUAGACUGUAUUGUGAUAUGAAUACAAAGUGUUAUGAUGAAUUAAUUUUAUCACUUUUCCAUCGAAUGUCGAAUUUAGAAAAACUUGAUUUGUCUCUUGUAGUUUGCACGACAAAAACAUUUAUUGAUGGUAAUAAUUUGAAGUUAAAUAUUAUCAAUCAUAUGCCAUUAUUAAACGAAUUUAAAUUUAAUAUUCGUUCAUCAACUCGUUUUUAUAAUCAAUUUAAUUUACCAUCUAAUGAAUAUAAAAAUGGAUUUAGUCGAUGCCAUAUAUAUUCAUAUCCAUAUGAAUUGAAAUAUUACAAAUAUAUAACUAAUAAUUUUCCAGGUGGAAUAUUUGAGCGAGUUCGUACAGUAUCUUUAUUUGAUGAACGUCCUUUUGAACAUGAAUUUUUUUUUCAAAUUGCUCAAUCAUUUCCAUUCUUGGAAAAAUUAACUUUAAUUAAUCAAAAACGACAAAAUAAUAAACAAUUUAGAAAAUCAAAAAAUCAAAAUCAAGAUUCAGCAAUCAUUGAAUAUCCUUAUCUUGUAGAACUUGAACUUUCUGAAGCUCAUAAAGAUUAUCACGAACAAUUUUUGUUUGAUACCAAAACAUGUUUACCAAAUAAUGUUUGCGUUGGUAUGGAUUAUCGACUAGUGAAAAAAGUGACACGCAAUUUUAGAAGAAAUACAACACGAAGUAAUUGUGCGAAAAUGAGUUUCGUAGGUUUUCGGAAUAAAUCAACAUUUCCUGAACAUUUAAAAGACUAUUUUCCUCAUGCGAAAAUAAUCUGA